AUGAUACGAAAAGCUGUGCCUGACUUUUCUGCCAUGAUCAAAAGCUGUGUACGAGGCGAAUUUUCAGAUGUAUUGAAAGAACUACGAAGCACGCCGAGGGAUUGCAUGAAUAGGACAUUUUUACAGUUUUAUUUGGGUCAAUCUACGAAAUAUGCACAUUGGCCUUCAAUUUCUUUUAUUUGGAACCGAUUUGUGGUGCGUAGGGAUCUUCUUGUUGUGAAACCGAGUGUUCUAGCCGAUAUAGCAAAGAUUUCAAUGCACAAUGGAAAAUAUGGCUUCACAGAAACGUUACUUAAACAUUAUAAUCGGUAUUAUGCAUCUCAUACCGGUGUUCGAUGGGAUGGGUAUAGGUACAUGUUGUUAAAUGCGCAUAUUGAAAUGUACGCUAAGAAACCUAACAGAGAAGUUAACUUUAAGAAAAAAUGGCACGCAUAUAUUUCCGAGAUUGAUAAUACUUUAAUUAGAUACCCGAUUUCAGUGUUUGAUUUCCCGAAUAUGACUGCAUCUUUGAACGGCAUUAAUAUAGAUAGACUAAAAAAGUGGCUACUGGUUGAUUGUAAAGAGGGUUCUUUGAAUCAGCAUUCGAUGCCCAUGUUCUUGAAUAUGAUCUUAUUGCAAUCGCACGUCACACCAACGGAAAAAAUUGAAUUAUUCAGAGAUUUCCUGGCAAGAAGCUCUGUGGAUCCUUCUCAGUAUUUGCAGGAAUCUCUUCAAAUACUGGCCCAUGAUUGUAGCAAUGACGCUAUUCAAGAUCUCGUGCGUGAUAUACAGCCAUAUCGGAUGAAAUUGAACGCAAAGACAACUAGGAGAAUAGCACAAAAUAAGGUUCGAGAACUCGAAAAAUAA